AUGACUUCGAUCUCAAGUGGGAAGUGGCCUAUGCAUGACCGAUUACCAACCUACAAAUCGCAAAAAGCUGCUCAACAUACUGAAUUUGCUGUUGAUUCUUUGGAGGAACUGGGGGAGGAUACUGGUAGGAGUCCGUCAGAAGCAGCCAAGAUCGUCAAGGCUAGCGUGCUGUAUGAACUUCAGACUUUAAAGGCACAAGCGGCAGCCGUAGCUCCCUCUGCAAUUGUAGCCCUUGCCUCUGGCGUCGCCACCGUGGAAGAUUCGACUUUUUAUACUGCGGAUCCUGACACCAACACCAUCAACAGCACGAUCAAAUGGUCAUCAUCUGGACUACAGGUCUUGCUUGUUCUCACAACUGACUGCAUGAUCGGAGUUGUUGUCCUGGUAGGUACAGUUUCACAAGGUCCUUUGCCUCUUCCUAGGGCACCCAUCGUCCUGUUCAUCCAUUUUGUUUCCAUCAUCCUCCUUGUGGCCCUUAGCAUGCAAGACCAUAACCAUUUGUCCCAGUCUCUUUACUUCAGGGUGAUCCUUCAACAGCGCAAUAGCUCUCUCAACCAACGGGCCUAUAAGGGCAGGGGAGAUAAGGGUUAG